UCUAUCCAUGGUUUAUCUUUCUCAAGAACGCCAGGAUAGUCUGAGACGGUUAGCUAGACUAACUAUUCUAGCUGGUUCAGUAGCUCUCAAAUCUCUCUCUAAACUAUUAGGUAAGAUGGUUUCUACCUUUGGUAUUGUUCCUUAUUUUAUUUAUUUAUUUAUUUAUUUAUUAAAUUUUUAUACCGCCCUUCUCCCGAAGGACUCAGGGCGGUGUACAGCCAAAAAUAAAAACACAAAAUAUAUACAAUUAAAACAACAGUUAAAACAUAGCAGAAUUAUAAAGGCUGAUAAUUAAAAUUUAAAAUUUAAAAUAUUAACAAAACCCCAAAAUUAAAAUCCCACACUAUUAUGCCAGUCCCGCUUGAAGGAAUAGAUGUGUUUUAAGCUCACGACGGAAGGUCCGAAGAUCAGGCACUUGACGUAGGCCAGGGGGAAGUUCGUUCCAGAGCAUCGCCGCCCCCACAGAGAAGGCCCUACUCCUGGGGGCUGCCAGAAAGGAAACGGGAGCGGCUCCCGUUACUACUCGCGCAGCCUCAUUCUGGACUAACUGUAGCCUCCGGGUGCACCUCAAGGGCAGCCCCAUGUAGAGAGCAUUGCAGUAAUCCAACCUAGACGUAACCAGAGUGUGAGUGACCGUGCAUAAGGCAUCCACUUGUUCUCGCCUACACAGCAGGGACCUGCAGUGGCUGCUCCUUCCGUACCAAAAACGACACCUGGCCACUUCUCUAGCACUGGUUCAUCUCCCUCAGUUGGUACGCGAAUCUCUUCGUUGGUGGACUACAGAAACUAUCUCCAGAGGAACCAGGUUCAGAGAACCAGUCAGACUCACCCUCACCACUGACACGAGUCUCUAUGGCUGGGGGCACAUAUAGCUCAUCACAUGGCUCAAGGCACAUGGUCUCUUCAUGAACAGUCCCUUCCCAUUAAUCUACUCAAAUUAAGGACCAUCUUCCUAGCCUAUUGCAUUUCAAAGAGCAGGUGAUGGGCCGAGAUGUUUUGAUCCUCACAGACAACGUGUCAGCGAAAGCUCACAUCAACAAGUGGGGAGGAACUCACUCAAAAUCGCUCAUGAGGGAGACAUUCAGACUAGGGCUAUGGGCAGAACAUCAUCUCCUCUCCAUUCGAGCGGACCACAUUUCGGGGGAGUCCAACAUUCAUGCAGAUGCCCUACGCAGACAGAGGAUAGACCAAACAGAAUGGAGUCUCCCUCCAAAUAUUUUCAGGGAAAUAGUACACUGAUUCGGCAGACCAGAGGUAGACCUGUUCGCUUCAGAGACCAAUCACCAGCUACCUCGGUUUUUCACCAGAUUUCAUUCCCCCAGAGCUGAGGGAGUGAAUGCCCUUCGAUGCCCGUGGCCUCCGGGUCUCCUCUAUGCAUUCCCUCCACUUCCAUUGAUUCACAAGGUAAUCCGCAAACUCUUGGAAGAGAAGGCAAAGUUAAACCUAGUGGCUCCUCACUGGCCCAGGAGACCAUGGUUCGCGGAUCUGUCGGCUCUGUCAGUCACCAGACACUGGAGGAUCCCAAACGACAGGAUACAACUUCUACAGGGAACCCUGUCUCACCCAGAACCCCAGUGGUUUCAAUUAACCGUUUGGAGGCUGAGCGGGACAUCUUAAGACAAUUCCACAUUCCUUCUGAGGCCAUUCCUACCAUUCAGGCUUCUCAUUGCUCUUCCACUAUCAGAAUUUACCAGACAACAUGGAAGAGUUUCGUUAGAUGGUGUCGAAGGCACAAGGUUUCACCAACUCAAGCAGAGGUUCCUCAUAUCAUUGGGUUUCUACAGGGAGGUUUAGAUUCUGGGUUAUCAUCCAACACCCUUCGACGACAGGUGGCAGCGAUAUCAUCAGUACUCACCUGUACCACUUCUGAUUCCUUGGCCAUUCAUCCAGUCAUUCGCAGAUUUCUUCGAGGAGCCUCAAACCUUCGCUCACCCACGGACCACAGAUACCCACCUUGGGACCUCAAUAAGGUUCUCUCUGCCUUGACUAAACAACCAUUUGAACCCCUUAGGGAGGUUUCCCUAAGAUUCCUAACUCUAAAGAUCUGUUUCCUGAUAGCCAUUACGUCGGCUCGUCGUAUCUCAGAAUUAGCUGCACUCUCUAUUCGCAAAGACCUUUGCAUUUUUCACCCUGACCGGGUUGUUUUAUGCCUAAAUCCCACCUUCACUCCAAAAAUCAAUUCCCUUUUUCACCGUUCACAAGAACUGGUUCUUCUGAACUUUUGUCCGAAUCCAUCUCACCAACUAGAGACUCUAUGGCACACCUUGGAUGUCCACCGUGCUAUAAAGAUUUAUCUACAACGCACAUCAGCCUUCAGAAGGUCGGAAGUGCUCUUCGUCUCCUUCCUUCCAGCAUCAUUGGGACUUAAAGUCUCAGGUCCUACCAUCGGCAGGUGGAUCAAAUCUACCAUCGCGGCUGCUUAUGAUGUUCUACUACUACCUAGAUUUCCAAUAUUACUGCCCAUUCAACUCGAAGCACUGCAACCUCUGCAGCCUGGGCUACCCAGGCCCCCCUACAAGAGGUCUGCAGGGCUGCCAGUUGGACUACUCCUACACCCUUCAUCCGUCAUUACAAACUGGAUGCCUACGCUUCAUCAGACACAGCAUUUAGCAGGAGGGUGUUACAACGGGUAAUUGAUGCAUGAUCGGACGGCGGACGGCAUCUUCCCACCCGAACGGACAACGAGCUUUGAAAGACAUGCCAGUCUGCAAUAGUCCCUUCGCCAAAAACUGGAGCCCAGCAGGAAGAGGCGGGCCUUAAACAAUUGCAGACUCAGUCCUUCAAGCUUGACGGACAGAUCAACCCAUCAUUCUGACUGCCGUUUUCACCGCCGUGAGAAAGG